GUCUCCUUUCUUAUCUCUCUCUUAUGCUUUCUGGGUUCGUUUUAUAGCUUUGUUCGUGGUCAUCGUUUUAAGUUAUUAACUCGAUUCUUUUCGAUACUUUCCAGAGAUGACAAGGGUGGUGUCUUAUUUUAAGCGUGUUUUCUGGGUCUGGAUUGUUUUCAGGUCUUUCCUGCCGGGUUUUUAUGCUUCCGGUUCUGUUUGGUUACUGGGGAAAGUAAACUAGAAAAGGGACGAGAAGUUUCCAUGCAUUUAUCCAAGUCUUCGUUUUGAUUGAGUUUUCCUUUCUCGCUCCUCUCCCUCUUUCCUUGUGUCUUCCCAAUUGACUUUCAAGUUGGGAUUUGGUCAACAUUUCUUAAUGAAAAUAAAAUACAGAAACGAACAGUUAUCUCCCAUAGAAAAAACUGAUUUAGGGAUGUUUUAUCUUGGUUUCUGAAACAGAGAGAAGAAAAUUGUUAGUCUGAUUAAUGGCGGAGAUUGAGGAGGACAGCCUGGAAGAAAUGACUGAUGCAGAGUCAUACAGUGCUGAUGAAGUCGAAGAUUUAUUUGAAAGCAAACAGAAUAAUUGCUGGAAAUCAUCUCCGGAACUCCAUGGUGCAUCGUCUUCAAAAUUGGAACCUGAUGAUGACAGUACUUCUGUGAGAAAAUCCCCAUACAAGGUUCUUGCUUGUUCAAGCAUGGGAGGCUCUUCUAAAUUCCCGAAACACAUAAAACUAAAGAUUGAUAUGAAUAUAGAAGAUGUUGUUAAGGAGAAUGUUCUUCCUUUUCUCCCUGCUAAGUCUCUCUACAGGUACAAAACUGUAUCAAGAGCUUGGAAUCAGUGGAUAUCUUCUCCUUUCUUGGAACUCAAGCAAACAAACCAGUUCAAAGACAUCUCUGGCCUUUUCAGUCAAUUUCCUGGGGAAAAUCCUUCUUUUAUCUCUUUCAAUCAAGACGCUUAUGGCAUCCCUGUCCCCUCGCUCAACUUUCUGCCAGAGUCUGUUAAUAUUCGAACCACCUGCAAUGGCUUAGUUUGUUGUCAAGCUCGAUCCGAAGAAGGUGCAUAUUUCAUUUGCAAUCCUGUGACAGGACAUUGGACAAAGCUUCCGAGCCCUAAUUUAUAUCAUGGACCUGAACCUGCUAUUGUGCUUGCUUUUGACGCUUAUGCACUCAAUUUUGCUUCUAACUAUGAGUUAGUCUGUGCUGUACUCGAUUUAACAGAUCAUUCAAUUGUUCAAUUUGAGAUUUACUCUUCGAGGACGAAUUCAUGGAGAGUCGCGGAUGCUGUAUGCUGUGAAGAAGGCUGGUUGAAUCUGAGCGCCGGAUGCUAUAUGAAGGGAGUUGUUUAUUGGGAGACAUCAAGGGGUGGGAUUUUGGCAUUUGAUUUAAAACAUGAAGAGUAUGGUAUUCUGUCACUCCCUCCCUCCAAAGGACCAAAUGGUGCUUUGGUAGAAAUAAAUGGAGAAUUGUCUUACAUUUUGCCUAAAAAACAAGACAAUUUCUGGGAAAUUUAUGUCUAUGGGAAUAUGAAUAUGAGCUUGAAGGGCACAAUAAGUCUUGAUCCUGAAAUUGUGGGGGAAACCUAUGGAGUAUGUCAGGCCUUGACAUGCAUUAACAGUGACUUACUAAUAAUCUUGCUUGGAACGAAAGUCAUUACUUAUCGAGUUAGAACUCGAAAACUGGAAUGUUUUUACGAUAUGAGGAUUAAUGGAGUGUCAAAAUAUCUACCGUAUGUGAACAGCCUUAUUCCUGUUGCUAGACCCAGGCCUGAAAUUUAGAUCUUCUGCAGGGUUUGUAGCAAGGUUACUAGUGUUUCCAUUUGUGAACUUAUAUAGAUGUGCUUCGAUUUGAUCCAAAAAUUUUUAAGUGUUUGAUAUUUUUAUGAAGAUCAGACAAGUCAUGAUGGUUGUAAUAUUUUAUUACUUAAA